AUAAGGGUCUUUUUAAGCAGCGAUGGCUCUGUUGCCCACACCGCACACCACUGUAGCUAGCUACAACUAGCACCGUCACACUGACGACAGGGCAUCCGAGAUCUCAGAUGAAAAUAUGGAACCCUUGUCUGCCCUUCCCAUUCCCCCAAAAUAUGCAUUUUCUUUUUUAAAGAUGCCAACAUGCUAACCUCCUUUGCCUCAAUUUUCUGCCUUUGUUAAAAUCUCACCAUAAUCAUCAUCACCAUAUAAGAAACGCCGAGUUGUCCCCGAACCCGCCGCCCAGGAACAUGCCAGAAAAAAAACCCAUAGUGGAGCGCCGCUAUCGCUGCUUAUCUGACAGAAAACAGUCACCAAACCCAAAUUCUCCGAUCUUCUUCUUUUUGUUCGCUGGAAUUCCCCUCAAUCUAACGCCAUCCUAUAUAAACAGUGUCUCCUCCUCCUCCUCCUCUCCUCCCACACACGUACGCUUCCUACCCCAAAUUAUCGUUUCCCUUGCGUAAAAUACGUCGGAAAAUCCCCCGCGUCGUUUCCUUUUUCCUACUACCCCUCCAUCUUCCCCUUCCCGCUUCCACAUAGAUUAGCAUCUUUGAAUUGACCAUUUUUUAAAAAACAAAAAAAAAAAGGCCGUUCCAAAGUCUUUCAAGAUUUCUUCUUCACUUGAUUGACAGUAUCUGCCAAAUCAGCACCAAAGAAACCAAACUAACUACAGCUCCAAAACAAAAUGUCGGCCGAUCACAUCCUCACGCUCUCGUGCCCGGACAAGCCCGGCAUCGUCCACCACGUCACGGCCAUCUUUGUCGACAACAAGCACAACAUUCUCGAUCUCCAGCAGUUCAGUGACCCCGUGUCCAACCGCUUUUUCAUGCGCGUCCAUUUUGGUCCUCUGGCUGGCGACGAGUCCGUCACGUCCACCGAGCAUCUCGUGGCUCCCUUUGAGGCUCUCGCCAAACAGCACAGCAUGGACUACGACAUUCGUCCCAUGUCUCGCAAGGUCCGCGUCCUCAUCAUGGUCUCCAAGAUUGGCCACUGCCUCAACGACCUGCUCUUCCGCAUGAAGACUGGCCAGCUGCGCAUCGAGGUCCCCGCCAUUGUCUCCAACCACCCAGACUACGAGGACCUGGCCAAGAGCUACGGUAUCCCCUUCUACCACCUCCCUGUAACAAAGGAUACCAAGCUCGACCAAGAAGCCAAGAUCCUCGAGCUCAUCCGCGAGCACAACAUCGAGCUUGUCGUCUUGGCCCGCUACAUGCAGGUCCUGUCGCCAGGCCUCUGCUCCGCCAUGUCUGGCCGCAUCAUCAACAUCCACCACAGCUUCUUGCCUUCCUUCAAGGGCGCUAAGCCGUAUCACCAGGCCUAUGAGCGCGGUGUCAAGAUUAUUGGUGCCACUGCUCACUUUGUCACUGCCGACCUUGACGAGGGUCCAAUUAUCGAGCAGCGCGUGGCUCGCGUUGACCACGGCAUGAACCCCAAGCAAUUGGUGGACGAGGGUUCUAAUGUGGAGAGUCAAGUGCUGGCGGCCGCGGUUAAGUGGUAUGCCGACGGAAAGGUCUUCUUGAACGGCACAAAAACUGUUGUAUUUUAGAGUAACUAUUUGGGCGAGGAGUAAAUAGGAGCCUAGAAAAAAAGCAAUUCAAUAGACUUAUUUUAAACUUAAAUUGACGCCGUCUAGGCAAUAUGUGGUAAAGAAUAACCUGGUAAGACAAUAGGGUAGGUAAGCUCGCAAGGCGUGGAGUCAGCUUUCGUAGCAUCCAAGGCCGCUAUAUUGAAUGACUAAGGUUCUAUGGAAUGAAAAUGAUAAGCCAUUGAUACGAAAAAGAUUUUGAUGGGAAAAAAAAUUGUCACAGGCAGUGUGAAGGUUGCGCAAAAAGCAAAAAAAGAAACUCUCGAAGGACGGAAUCGAACCGCCGACUCUUCGGUAUGAUGUGGAACCCAUUACAGCCGAAUGCCAUAGCCAAC